UCUCAGCAAAUCGGCCGCUAUAUACGUCGCGAGGAGUCGGCGCUAUUUACACCAAAAACAAGCGAGCAGACAAAAACACUGCAACAACAACAACAAAAACAGCAAAAAUCACAAGAGCAAAUCAUUGACAACCGAAACAAUCGCAUUAGCAACAACACCAACAGCAACACAAAUAGCAACAGCGAAAAUGGCAGCUUGGUAAACACGCAGGCCAACAAUGUCAACAGUUUGGGCCCGAAAAAAUUCAUUUUCAACAAAGCAAACAACAUCAGGCGCAACAAUAGCGGCAACAACAACAACAAAAGCAAUAAUGACAACAGCAGCAUCUAUAGCAACUCAGCAGCAGCCAUUGUAGGUAGCAACACAAAACUAAAACCUGUCAAAGGACGACGGCCGACUGCGUUGCCAAGCGAUGCACCAAAUUUGAAAGAAGGAGAAGAGGAAGAACGGGGAAAUUAUGAGGAGGAUAUUGAGGCAGCAGCGCCAAAGUUGAACGAGGAAGCUCGUCAUGUCAACGAUAACCAACUUAAUGGCUAUAAAAGCAACUCCAGUGACCUGGAUACACCCACCACACCGGCCUCCACGCUGGCUGUGCAAUUCUUUAUUGGCCAGCAGUCGCACGAAGAGGACAACGCAUCCGCGCGUUCCUUGAAUGCGGGCAGCUGUCGCAGCAUAAAAGAGGUAACAGCGCAAACACAACCGCAAAAACAACAGCAACAAAGAAGGCAGUUGGAAAAUGGCGAUGUUGCAGAAAAUAGCUACAGCCCUACCACCGCUUCACUACUCACCCCACAAGCCGCCAAUGAAGCAACCCCACUUCGCAACUACAACCACACGACGAGCCUUAGCUCCUCACCGAUACUCUACGGCCCACAGUUUAAUCGCAAAUCGAGAUCGAAAAGUUGUCGAAAAAUGCGCUGCGGCGCCGGUAACGAACCACCUGCGGAUGAUGAUGUUCAUAUACCAACGCCACCACCAUUGCCGCCGCAGUCACUCACCGCUGCCUCAUCGUCCGCUUCGCUGCUUUCGUUGCGUAGCAACAAAAGCAAACGCAACUCUGCGGUCGCCGCCAACACCACAGCAACGCCACAAAUCGAGGAGGGUGGCAUUAGCGCCAACGCUGAGUUUGUCACUCCGCCGAGCUACGAUAUGACGACGAAUGGCAGUGGCCAGGUAGCAGCUAACGCGAAUGGCGCAACAAAUGACAAAUUUAGCAUUGAAGGCCAGUUCUAUACCCUUAGUGAGAUGCUAAACCUUAGCAAUAGCUCAACUGUAUCCAUCGAUAGUGAGCUGUGUCGUGAUUCAGGUGUAUUAUUCGAGGACCAAACCUCCUUGUUAAAAGAAAGUAAUAACAGCGGCAACGGACCUCAAGCGCAACGCGUUGAGGGAGGACUCAUAUUCACGCGUCCAAAUUUACCCGCCAAGAAGGAUGUGCACAUCGAGUUCAUUGGAAAGGAUAAUGAAACACGCAAUCUCAUACGCAAGGCCAUCGAACGCAAUGACUUCCUUAACAAUUACAUGGACAAAGAGCGCAAGGAGAUGGUCAUCGAUGCGAUGGCGCCGACAUUCUACGAAAAGGACUCUUUCAUCAUACAUGAAAAUGAUGAGGGUUCGGAAAUUUACGUCUCCGAAACCGGCUAUUUCGAUGUGAUCAAGGGUGGCAAGGUGGUGGGCAGCUUUGGACCGACAACAGUAUUCGGUGAAUUGGCAAUACUUUACAAUGCCAAUCGUUUGGCAUCAGUGAGAGCAACGACAAAUGCGCGUGUUUGGAAAAUCACACGUGAGACAUUUCGACAAAUUAUGGUACUGUCCGAGUCGAAGGAAAGAGAUGAGAAUUUAUUUUUUCUGCGUGCGGCGCCAUUCCUUAAAGAUCUAUCUGAUGAGGUUCUCAACAAGGUGGUGGAUCUGCUGCAGCGGAAAUAUUACGAACCGAAUGCGUGCAUCGUGCGGGAGGGAGAAGUGGGCAAUGAAUUUUUCAUAAUUCGCGGUGGCACUGUGACCAUCAAGAAGAAGAAUGAGCAGAAUAUUGAGCGUGUGGUGGAUCGGCGCAAACGUGGUGACUAUUUCGGUGAGCAGGCGCUACUCAAUGCGGACCGCCGGCAAGCGAGUGUUUAUGCGGAUGCGCCCGGUACUGAAGUGCUCAAACUGGACAGAGAAGCUUUCAUCAGCUACCUGGGCACCAUACCGCAACUGCGUGAGAAACCCGAGGAGCGUAAGUCCGCCGAACGCAAGCAAAGCAGACAGCAAUCCGAAUUUGAUAACGAAUACGCACAUAUACAGCUGACGGAUUUGAAGAAGAUAGCAACAUUGGGUGCGGGAGCUUUCGGCUGUGUGGAUUUGGUUUCUUACGAAGAAAAAACGUUCGCGCUCAAAAUCAUUAAGAAGAUUGAUGUUAUCAAACAGGAUCAAGUGGAGCAUGUGUACAGCGAGAAGCAUGUAAUGAUGAAGUGUCGCAGCUCGCCGUUUAUUAUUGAAUUGUAUAAAACUUUCCGCAAUGAGAAAUUCGUUUACUUCCUGAUGGAAGCUUGCAUGGGUGGCGAUGUUUGGACUGUUAUGUCGAAGCGACGCUACUUCGAUGAACGCACUGCCAAAUUCAUAGCUGGUUGUGUGGUGGAAGCUUUCGACUUUCUACACUCGCAUAAUAUUAUUUAUAGAGAUUUGAAACCAGAGAAUUUAAUGCUAACAACGGACGGUUACUGUAAACUGGUCGAUUUUGGCUUCGCCAAGCACAUACCGCCCAAUCAAAAGACCAACACUUUUGCAGGCACACCCGAAUAUGUGGCGCCUGAGAUCAUUCUAGAUCGCGGUCACGAUCGCGCGGUCGACUACUGGGCUUUGGGUAUAUUGAUUUUCGAAUUAUUGGUUGGCAAAACACCAUUCCGUGGGCAAAAUCAAAUCAAAAUAUACCAACAGAUAUUGGGUGGCAUCGAUGUCAUACAAAUGCCAUCGAAAAUACCACGCUCGGCACAGGGUUUGAUUAAACAUUUAUGCAAGCAAUUGCCAGCAGAGCGUCUGGGCUAUCAGCGGCGUGGCAUUUUAGAUAUUAAGCGACAUGGCUGGUUUGAUAAUCUCGAUUGGAAUAAGUUGAAAUACAAGCAAUUGCCUUCACCAAUAAAGCGGCCAAUAUCAAGUAACACCGACUUGCAGUACUUUGGUCCAGUCGGUGUGGAGAACGAUUUUGAUCCACCGGAUGAAACGAGCGGCUGGGAUAUUGAUUUCUGAGUAUUGCAAAGCAAUUUAUUUUAUAGUCAAACUGCAUUUAGAGUUAAACUUUUUUUAAGUGUGAAA